GAAUAUGAUGACACAAAGUUUGAUUAAAAAGGAGAGCUGUCUGUCAAUAGGAAAAUCUCACUCACAGUGAAUGGCAUUGUAGGUAAACCAAGUAAAUUAUCAACAUUACAUUAAAAUGUUUCAAUUAAAAAAAAUGUCAUUACAAAAUGAAUUUAGAAAAUGCUAUGAACUAUGUGGAAUUUGAAGUACUAUAUAAAUCCUUCAGGGUGGAGUGAACGGUUUACUUUAAUACUACAAAUAUUGCAACAUGUAGGAAAACGAGUUUCCUCAAAAUGCACAAUUCAAUGAGGAAAAAGGUCCAACACAAAGGUGUGGCGCAACAAAACGAAAGCGACAAUAAGUUACACACCUGUCAGACAAAGAAAGCCUCUAAGCGUAUUUUACUUUUAUUUAUUAAGAAAAUAACACAAUUGUAAAGUAGUUUGCGUUUUUGAGAUUGAUUUUAUUUAGCUUGUGAAACUGGAGGAAUAGUGAAUCAUUCAGAGAUGUUUAUUUGUGUGACUCUUUUGACGCUCUACUUUAUGGAAUCUCAAUCAGAACAAUUACAGGUGGUUGGUCCAGAAGAGCCUCUUGUUGCUGUAGCUGGUGAAGAUCUGGUUCUACCGUGUUUUAUCAAACCCAAAACCAGUGCUGUGGACAUGACAGUGGAGUGGAUGAGAAUAGAGGAAGUGGCUUCAUUAGUGCAUCUCUAUAGGGAUCAUGAAGACAGAAAUGAAGAUCAGGCUCAGUCCUACAGACAAAGAACAACACUGUUUAAAGAGGAGCUACAGAAAGGCAACGCUUCACUCAAACUCUCAGCUCUCCGACUCACUGAUGAAGGAGAAUAUAAGUGCCUCAUUGAGGAAAAAUCCUGGUAUGAUGACAUCACUCUUCAUGUUAUUGUUGAGGCUCAUGGAAGCCACCCAGUGAUAAUGAUGGAGAGUUUUGGUAACUCAGGAGGGAUUAAUCUAGUGUGUGAGUCCAGAGGCUGGAACCCUGAUCCUCGUGUUCUGUGGCUGGACAGAGAAGGAGACAAUCUGACUGCUGAAGAUACACAGAUACACAGAGACACUGAGGGCUUCAGUGUGAAAAGCUACAUCUCUGUUUAUGAUUAUAGCGACUCUAACAGGUUUUACUGCAGACUUCAGCAACAACAUCACAUGAUGGAGACAGAGAUUAUCAUCAAUAGUGGAGUCUUUGGUGUUUGGAAGUGGGCUGUCAGCAUUUCAGUUGUAGCAUGUCUUUUUCUUGUUGGAUUGAUACUAACUCUGCUUUUUGGCUACAAGAAAGCCUCAGCACUUCAACAAGAGAAGCAACAUGUAGAACUUCUAAAGAAGAAGAUGUUUAGAGUGGAUGUGACUCUGGAUCCUAAUACAGCUCAUCAUCAACUUAAAGUGGAUGCUGAUGGAAAACAAGUGACACGUGUAGACACACCACAGGAUCUGGAUCCCCAAGAUUCACCAAAAAGGUUUAAUUAUCCCUCUGUUCUAGGACAGCAGAGUUUCUCCUCAGGGAGAUUUUAUUAUGAGGUGCAGGUCAGUGGGAAAACUGAGUGGACGUUAGGAGUCGUGAAAGAGAACAUUGACAGAAAGGGGAUUUCCUGGAUUGCACGGUGUCCUCAGAAUGGAUUCUGGACUAUAGGACUAAGGAAUGAGAAUCAGUAUAAGGCUCUUGAUGAUCCCUCUGUCCCCCUCACACUGAGAGAGAAGGUGGAGGUUGUGGGGGUGUUUGUGGAUUAUGAGGAGGGUCUGGUCUCCUUUUAUGAUGUGAAGCCCAGAUCUCAUAUCUACUCUUUCACUGGUCAGUCUUUCUGCUCAGAGAAACUCCAUCCAUACUUCUGUCCUCGAUACAAAGUAGAUGGUAGUAAUUUAGCACCACUGAUCAUCUCUGAUGUUACUGAAUAAAUAUCUGCUUUAAAUUCUAUAACAUUAAAAUAUAAUCAUCUGUAAAGAGUUUAAACAUAUUGAUUUUUUUAAGAAUUGUGUUUAAAUGAACACUAAUAAUAUACUUGUGUGAUUUCAGCAAAUAAAAUCAGAUUAAAGCCAUUAUUAGAUUUCUAGAAAUCCUAUGAAGACACAAGGAUGUUAGUGGUUUAUUUAGAGUUCAUAUGCUGUUAGUCUGACUCCUUUUAGAAACUCAGAAAUAAUGAAAGGAUUUAGAUACAUCUUAAAGCUGUAUCAGACUUGUCAGUGAAGCUGCCAUCUCGGAAAAUGCUAUUUGUUUACUUUCUAGCUCUUUUACUUGAGUUGAGGUUAACUAACAUUUUUUCCACCAUUAACAAGUGGUGUGUUCAGGUUAAGAUUCAGGUUAGUUUUCAGGUUAAGAUACUGUUCAGUAUUAUUUUCUCCUGAACAUGAUGUCAGUUCUUAGUGAAUGUUCUUAAUAUUUGAAAAAUGUAUAGUAAAGUUUUUUGUGAUUGGAUGUGUGGAUGUAUUUGAAUUAGAGCUGCAUCUCUCCACAGACCUGCAGUUUUAACCUGGAGAAUUUGGAGGAUUCACUAACAUACCUGUAGUCAGUAACUGUGACUAAUGUGUCAUUUAAAGAUUUGUUAUAUUGCUGAAUGUUUUGUAUGAAGAAAAUACAGGUGUUUAUUUUGUGUUGUUUUUUUUUUUUUUUAAAUUAAAGGCUUAUUCUCUUUCUUUUUGUUGCACCAAUGGACAUAAACAAUAAUAUGGAGGAUUGUCUGUAGAUACAUCAUGACCUAUAACAGGCCAGUGGAGGUCACUGUGACUGACAUACUGGCUGUAGUUCACUCCACUUGCAUCUGUGUGGAAGCUGCUAAGCUGAAGGUAAUGGGUCACUGUACAACCUUCAUUAGAGUGACUUAAAAACUAAACACUGUGUUUGGGAACAACGACUAAGAAAUCGCUAUUGAACAUUUUAUAGUAAUAAACUGACAAAAAUUACACAUAGUGACAAACCUCACAGCUUUCCUGCAGCACUGAGUAAUUGAGUGUCUAAGUUUUUUUUAGAGACUAACAAUCUAUAAUCUUAUUGUAAAUGAUGGUGUGUGACUCUCUUUUCUUAACUGAACCCCAGUGUGUAGAACAUCUCCUCUCUUAGAGCUGAGUAACAUUAUUGAUUUACCACUUGGGGAAAAUGUUGUUAUGCUCAGCAAAGGAGACAGAA